AUGGCAUCCCUAGUACCUGAUUUUUUGAUGGCCUCUCCUGAAGGCUCUAAGCCUUCUGACAUGGUAUUUUCGACAUGCAGUGAACUCGUAUAUCGAAUGAAGAAACGACUGUCAUCCAUUCUUCCGGAGUAUCUUCCGGAGUCACUCGGUGGAUUUCCGGCCCCACCAACACCUUCUGGCUUCCUCAAAGUCACAGACUCUCGCACUGGCAAUCACUACGAAAUACCCAUCCGACGCAACGCGGUGGAAGCGACUCAGUUCAAGCAGAUCCGAGCACGCGCUGACUCGAAAGCCAAAACGGACAAAACUGAGGGUGGUCUUCGCCUACUUGAUCCUGGAUAUCAAAACACCGCUGUAGCAUCUUCCGAGGUCACUUUUGUGGAUGGCACUGAGGGUAGCAUUCACUACAGACAAUACGACAUCUCUGAGCUUGUAGGGACCAAGCAGUUUGAGGAUGUCACGUACCUGCUCAUCUGGGGCAAACUACCAUCGCCAGAAGAGAAGGAAAUGUUCAAAAAGCAACUAGCAUUGGCAAUGCACCCGCCGCAGAUGGUUUCAGAUGUGAUUCAUGCCUUCCCCUCAAAUACGCCCAUUGUUACCAUGAUGAUUGCCGGCCUCUCUGCCUGGACUGGGUCAGAUCCUACGGUCAUCCCGGCCUAUAUGGGCAAAAACAUCUAUCAAGGACACCUGGACUUGGUGGACAGUCAGAUCAUUCGACUGAUCUCCGCGCUAGCUACGGUCAUCGCAAUGUCAUUUUGUCGUAUGCAAGAGAAGCCCUUCACGCCCGCGGACCUCAAUGGCUCUUUCAUCGAGAACACGCUCCGUAUGAUGGGAUUCGUCGAGGACGAAACCAAAAAACCUAAUCCUAAACACGUCGAGUGCCUCGAGAAGCUUUGGGUGCUCUACGCAGAUCACGAACUGACGAAUUCUACUGCCGCUUUUCUACACGUCGCCUCCACGCUCGCGGACCCAUUCAGCUGCACGAUUGCUUCCCUCACAGCUGCGUAUGGACCACUUCAUGGAGGCGCGAUCGACACCGCAUUCAAAGUCAUCCAGAACGUCGGCAAGCCGGAGAAUGUGCCCCAGUUGAUCGAUGAUGUCAAAGCCAAGAAAUGCCGGCUCUUUGGCUACGGUCACCGAAUCUACAAGACUGUUGAUCCCCGCAGCGUUAUUAUUCGGGAGCUACUCGACGAACUCAAAGACGAGGAUGCCGCUCACAAAGAAUUCCUAGCCACCGCUCUGGAGAUCGACAGAAUCGCGUCCGAAGACCAGUAUUUCACCUCUCGGCAUCUGAAAGCAAAUGCCGAUCUCUACGGUAGUUUUGUUUACAUGGCUCUGUAA